AUGUUAAGUGACGAUUAAAUAUUAUAAAUAGUGUUGACAAUCGACAGUAUGAUACUACACUUGUAAUUUUACUUUACAGAUGAAAUCAAAUAUUUGAUAAUGGGAUUAUCUUCAGUUGGAUUUCACCUAAUUCUCUUCAUUGCUGAAUAAUUAUGUAGUAAUUCCUCAAUUAAAAUGACUCUGAACAUAUUUAAAUUAGCAUGGAUCCUAUUUAUUUCUUAAUUAUUGUAUCAAAAUUGGAUGGUCCAUAUAGGAAUUCAAAUUGUGUGCAUUUUCAAACUAAACUAGACCAAAACUAAAUUAUUGAUUCCUAUAGCAUUUGCUAUACAUUUAGUAUCAAUAACAUCAGCCAACCUUGAUUAUUUGCCAACCGGAAUAAUUAGAAAUUGUCUCUCCUACUUUUUAUUGCUUUUUCUCUUUAAGAAACAAUCCUAUAAUUUAAAUCAAGCACAAGAUAUAAUUAAAUAAAUCACAUCAAAUAUUUAUGUAAUAUUGGAUAACAAUUUGAAUCCAGUAUAUGAUGAAGAAAGAUUCGCAUAAAUACAGAAGGAGUAAGUGAUUAUUUCAUAGGAUCAUUAUGUCGAUAAUAUUCUUACUUAUAGAGAACCACUAAAAGUUGGAAUAUAUCCCUAAUUCAUUAAUAAUAAAAAUACUUAUGAAUUUAAACAUGCGCUUUCUCAACUAAAAACGAAUAAUAAAGAGUGGUCAAUGUAGAAAUUUGAUACUUUUACAGAUUCUGUAAUAAUAGUGAAGAAGGUGUAUUUGGGUAAUGAUCAUGUUUAUAAAUAUUGUAAUUGGAUCAAUUAAAAAAAACAACUAUUUUAUCUGGUUGUCAAAAAAUAAAAAAAAAAUAAAUUAAAUUAGAAUCAGAUUGAUAUUGCAGAUGAACGUACUAAAAAAAUGAUGAAGACCUUGAGCAAAGUUUCUCAUGAUAUGAGAACACCAUUAAAUGCAAUUAUAAAUAUGUAGCUUUGUUUGAGAGAAUAAAUAGACACUUACUUAUUCAACCGUUACUUAAAGCCCUCGCUUAAUUCUUGUAGAUUGCUCUUGAAUUUGGUUAAUGAUAUUUUAGAUUCGGCUUAAAUAUAGAACAACAAAAUCAGAUUAGUAUUUCGAAAGUUUAAUCUAAAACGGUUAAUAGAAAAAACAAUCUCAAUAUUUGAUAUUCAAAAAGAAAAAAAAGAGCUUAAAAUAAUCCUAAAUUAUUGUACUAAUUCACAAAUUAAUUAAUUUGUUAAUAGCGACAAAAAUAGAAUCAGGUAAGUAAUUCUGAAUUUAUUAAGUAAUGCUAUUAAAUAUUCAGAAGCUAAAAAGAUAAUUGUUAUCAAUUGUGAUUAUCAAAAAACCAGUUCGACAUUUACUAUUUAAGUCACUGAUUCAGGUUUGGGAAUCAAACCAGAGAAUUUAUAAUCUUUAUUUUAAGAAUUUUCAAGAGUUGAGGAUCUUGCAAAUAGGGAUGUAAAUCCUAAUGGAAUAGGUUUAGGAUUAUUAAUCAGCAAUGAAUUAUCAAAAUUAUUAUCAUCUAAUAAUGAAGGGAUCUCUGUUUAAUCAUAAUAUGGAAAUGGAUCUACAUUUUCAUUUUCAAUAUUUAAUCAAAAACCUUCAGAUGAGGAUCUAUCAGAGUCUUCUGAAAUGGCUGCUUAAGAAAUUCAGAAAUUACCUGAAUCUCAUUUUUUGAACACCCAGAGUUUAAGGUAGGCUUCAUAAGAUUUUGCUGUUGCUGUCAGACAAGCCUCAUGUGAAAAUUGUCAAGGAAUUCAAAUUUAAAGUAAUUAAGAUAUCAAAAAAUAUAAUCUGAGAGUCAAUUCAUCCAACCUAUUAUCUUCAAAUCGCCUAUUACCUUUUAAUACUGAUAAUGAGAAAUCCUACCAAAGAAAAUCCACAACUUAAUCUAAUUUGAUUAUUGAACAAAUCAACAGUUGGUCAGACCCUUCCCAAAAACAGCCCCCUAUUCUAAUCGUUGAUGAUAAUGAAUUUAACAUAAUUGUCCUUUAAUACAUAUUAGAAUAGUUAUUUUUAACUUGUGAUUCUGCUAUAUCUGGUGAAAUUGCAAUUAAAAAAUGUCGCCAAAGAAUUAAGGAUUUUAACCAAUAUAAAAUCAUCUUUUUAGAUAUUGAGAUGCCUGUUAUGGAUGGAAUGGAAACUGCAAAUAGACUAUUAGAUAUUGAUAAAUCAUUAAAAAUAGUUGCUUGUACAGGAAAUAGAUAAACGCCUGAGCAAUUAGAAGUCUACAAAAGAGUAGGAAUGUUUGGAGCCAUAGAAAAACCUGUUACAAAAGCUAACUUGAGAGAUUUGUUAUGUAAAAUUUUAGAAUCAAGAAAUGAUGCUUAAUUUUCUCAUUAUUUUUGA